AGUCUCUUCAUGCCUGUCUGCAGCUAACCUACUUUUUUCUAUUGACACACAAACAAAUGCGCCAUUAACCUACAUGCUUAACGGUCUUUGUGUACGUCUCCGCAUCCAGAUGCCCCGCCGGAAGCGCACAGCGGAUGAAGGCGGAAGAAGAGCCAAAGUCAGUAAAGUGGAGAAUUGUGAAGAGACUCUGGUCAUAUCGGACUCUGAACAUGAAGAGGAGGAACAUUGUGCUGUUAAAACAUCCAUUCGGGCUUCUCGAUGGAGACGAAGGGAAAAUGAUUCUCAACUACAAGAGAUGACAGAAGAUGAGAUGCUGGAUCUGGCGAUGAGGCUCAGUGCUCAGGAAGCAAACAAUGCUGCCCAGAGACAACAGCUAGAAGACGACGACAUGCAAAAAGCCAUAGUGGAAAGUCUUAAUGACAGCAGUGUUAAAUCAUCAGAGUGUCGGUACGAAGCAGCCAGCUCUUCAGCUCAACCACAGCAGAGCGAAGCAAAAGUGAUAUUACACUUAAGACGAAAGCUUUCCUAUCCAAGCCAAGAUGGAGCGCUCCAUGGAAAACAGAGUUCUGUUGCACAGGAUGGCGAGGAUGAGCGGGAAACGACCAGUCCACUGCCAGAAAUGCCUGAUCUGUCACAGACGGCCUCCCUGCAUCAUUCAUCAAGUAAUUCAGCUGUGCUUUCUGGGCCUCCUGCAGCCUCUCAGCAUGUCCAUGAGUCCUCCCAGAAUAAGACCUCAGAUAAACAGCCACUCAUCAAAGACUCUGCAGAGGAUGACAUCUCUCAGUCUGUCUUGCAGCCCCUGUGCUCCCCCUUUAUUCGCCAGCCUUUAGUAUGUGUGGAGAAAGUGAGUCAGGAUCUAAUCAGGGCCAGCACAGACUCAAUAAACCACAUUAAUACACAGGACAGUGCUGUUUGCCCCACCUCUCCUGACAGAUCUCAGUCCACACAUCAGGACUCGCCCCUUCCCAAAAGCCCUGUCUUCACUCAGAAUGACUUUAAACUAAGGACUGAUUUGCUAGAAGAGGGGAAUGAAGACAGUACUCAAAUACCUGAUGAAGAUUUACCAGCACAUCUAAACCAUAAAGGUUUGUCUCCCAAGAGCACAGAUGCAGAUAAAUGCCUUUCACUUUCCAGAGGAUCCCAGCCAUCAAUCCUAAAAUGUGUGCCUGUGCCUACAAAUGACAAUGCAGAUGUCAUCGUAAGAAGUAAAACUCAUGACCUGAAGCAAGUGAAGGAUCAGAUGACUCAGGGUGAGAAUGUAAAAGCUGACUCUGAAAGAGCUCCAAACACUCAGGCUUGGGAUGGGCUUACUAGUCACAUGGUCUUGCAUUUAACAGAUGAUGAUGAAGAUGAUGGUAGCGAAGAGGCUCCCUCCCCGAGCCCAGUCUUCCACCAGGAGACAAUUCCACAGCCAGCCAAGACCAAGAUUUCCCAGACCCAACCCUGUAUCUCUCCAAAUUCCAUCACCCUCCAUCCAUCCACAAAAGUCUCACAGAUGUCCCAGCCUACCCUGGAGGACUCAAGAACGUCAAGAGACCCAGCAUCCAAACACUCUGACUGCAAAACUCCACAAACUGCAGUGGAGAAGGGAGAGCGCACUGUGUCAUACUACUGGGGAGUGCCUUUCUGCCCCCAGGGGCAAAAUCCGGAUGACUACACGCGUGUGAUCAUGUGUCAGCUGGAGGUCUACGAGAAGACCCUGAAGGAGGCCCAGCGAGAGCUCAUUCGUAAAGCAGAGUGGAGUCAGCCAGUUUUGCCAGAGAGGCCAUUUGGCACGAGGAGAUGGAAGCGCCACAGAGCUCCUCAGCUUUCAGAGGAUGAUGAGGAGAAUGAAAAAGAGGGGGAGAAGAAAAACAACAGAGUAGAAAUGGAGGAAGAGAAGGAGGAAGAAAGGGAGGAGUCUGUGGUGGGGUCCGAGGAGGCAGCUGAGGGUGGACCAAGUGAAACAUAUGUAGUGCUGUCUUCUCCUGAGACUAAAGAUGAAGUGGAGCAAAAAUACCCUUUCUUCAGCCAAGUGGAGCCCACGCCUGCAACUAAACCUUUCAGGAAAGAUAUCUCAGAUGACACUCAAAUUCACCAUCCAGAUGAGGAAGAGGAGGAGGCCCAGAAUUGCGAGGGUUAUGAAAAUGAAGCAACAUUUUGUCCAGAAACUCAGAUGACUGAAAACAGCACACCAGAGCUAAUGGUGACUAGUCCUGCCAGUCCCACACAGCCUCAGUCUCGUGCUGACAGUGAAGCGAUGGAGGUGGAGGGCGAGGGAGGAGCUCCUGCAGUAGAGGAGGAGGUGAUGGAGCUGGACAGCAUGCCAUCAGAGGCUGAACCUCCUGAAAGUCAGAGGAUGGAGUGUCCCAUGUGCUUGAAACUCUUCCCUCUUAGCAGGAUUGAGUUGCAUGCAGCCUUCUGUGAUGGUGAAGCAGAGGACCAAGACCAACACGAAGAACAACCACAAGUUUCCUUAAGGAAGAGGACCAGAAGAGAUGUGACCAAGGAGACUCAACACAGAUAUAGGAAAUCAGCAAAGAUGGAAAAGUGCUGUCUGUGUCAGGGGUUCUUUCCACCUCUGGAAUACUCUGAGCAUGUCAAUUUGUGCUUAAAAAAGAGAAAUUCAAAUACCACACAGGGAAACAGCCUGAUUUCUGCUCUGGACCAGACAGAACGGAGACAUACUGGCAGUGAUGAAGCUGGACCAUCUAAUAUUUGUACAAAAGCAAACCGAUCCCCUUCGUGCCGCCAAAACAGCUCUGACCCGUCGAGGCAUGGACUCCACACGACCUCUGAAGGUGUCCUAUGGUAUCUGGCACCAAAACGUUAGCAGCAUAUCCUUUAAAUCCUGUAAGUUGCGAGGUGGGGCCUCCAUGGAUCGGACUUGUUGGUCCAGUACAUCCCACAGAUGCUCAAUCGGAUUGAGAUCUGGGGAAUUUGGUGGCCAAGUCAACACCUUGAACUCUUUGUCAUGUUCCUCAAACCAUUCCUGAACAAUUUUUGCAGUGUGGCAGGACGCAUUUUCCUGCGGAAAGAGGCCCUUGCCAUCAGGGAAUACCGUUGCCAUUAAGGGGUGUACGUGGUCUUUAGGUAGGUAUUACGUGUCAAAGUAGCAUCCACAUGAAUGCCAAGACCCAAGGUUUCCCCGCAGAACAUUGCCCAGAGCAUCACACUGUCUCCUCCAGCCUGCCUUCUUCCCAUAGUGCAUCCUGCUCCAAUCUCUUCCUCAGGUAAACGACGCACACGCUCAUGGCCAUCCACAUUAUCUAAAAUAAACAUGAUUCAUCAGACUAGGUCACCUUCUUCCAUUGCUCCAUGGUCCAGUUCUGAUGCUCAAGUGCCCAUUGUAGGCACUUUCAGUGGUGGACAAGGGUCAGCAUGGGCACUCUGACCAGUCUGCGGCUACACAGCCCCAUAUGCAGCAAGCUGCAAUGCACUGUUUUCUCUGACACCUUUCUAUCAUGGCCAGCAUCAAGUUUUUCAGCAGUUUAUGCUACAGUAGCUCUUUUGUGGGAUUGGACCAGAUGGGCUAGCCUUCGCUCCCCACACGCAUCAGUGAGCCUUAGGUGCCCAUGAUCCUGUCGCUGGUUCACCGGUUGUCCUUCCUUGGACCAUUUUGUAGGUACAAACCACUGCAAAUCAGGAACACCACAUAAGACCUGCCGUUUUGGAGAUACUCUGACCCAGUUGUCUAGCCAUCACAAUUUGGCCCUUGUCAAAGUCGCUCAGAUCCUUACGCUUGCCCAUUUUUCCUGCUUCCAACACAUGAAAUUCAAGAACUGACUGUUCACCUGCUGCCUAAUAUAUCCCACCCCUUAACAGGUGCCAUUGUAAUGGGAUAAAUGUUAUUCACUUCACCUGUCAGUGGUUUUAAUGUUGUGGCUGAUCAGUGUAUAUACAUACACAAGGUGGCCCGAUACUUUAGGUCAAUGGUUAAUACAGUAUAAUAUUAGGUAGUUGUGUUACUUUGUCUACCUCCUGUACAUGUGCAAAUGCAGAUGAUUCCACAUUCAUGCAAACCAGCAUAAAUAAUUUCAUAAAACUUCAAAAGCUAUUAUAGGAUAGAGUCUGUGUAAUAUCAACCUUUAAAUGCU